AUGAACAACUUGAAGCUAUCGCCGCAAGCAGUCCCACGUAACGUCAUACGAGCUUGCCCCCACCUGCACGACUUAGAAGAGCAUCUCAUCUACGAAGAGGGAUCACCUACGAUACUGCUGGGUCAAGACAACUGGCAUCUUUUACUCACACAUGCCGUGCGACAAGGAGACCGACACCAACCGAUCGCAACACUCACCGAUCUAGGUUGGGUUCUACACGGCACUAAGAGAUCGAAUGAAAGAGUCAACACCCACAAAGUACUCCACGCUGUCGCCCCUGAUGAUGAAGAGUCCAUGGAGCAGAUGAUGAGGGAACACUUCAGCCUCGAGUCAUUGGCUGUCAUACCGAGACGCAGCCACAACGACGACGAGCGACGAGCACUGCAACAACUAGAAGAUAAAACCCGCCGUUUACCGGCGGGAGGCUUUGAAACCGGUCUUCUAUGGCGUAACGAGCACGUUCGUCCACCUGACAGCUACGACGUGGCGUUAAGAAGAUUGGAACUAGUUGAAAAGAAACUCGACCGCGACGAGGAACUGAAAAAGAGAUGGAUACCCACCAAAAUGAACGUCGCAGACGACGCCACCCGCGACGUGCCACACGACUUCGACUCUAAUCAUCGAUGGUACAGGGGGCCGGACUUUCUAUAUAUGUCGGAAGAAAAUUGGCCUCAAGAGGAAGUCACGGACGUCAACGUCACGGAUGAAGAACGGGUCCACCUCACCACAGGCGUCGGCGCGCGACUGAAGGAAGCUCUACCCGCGCGCUGUGGUCCGCGCGCGAAGAGAACGAGGAAAAAUGCCGACGCCGACCCUACUUGGCGAAAAAAUGAUACAGAAAGCAAGAAGACGAAUACUUCCGAAGCUGCGCGUGGAAAGCAAGUUUUACACAAAUUUAAAACGAUCGACGCCUCAUAUCUACGCCACGCCGAGUCGCUGUGGAUACGAGCACAACAGGAAGAGGCGUUCACCGAGGAAAUCAACGCCCUCAUGAGGGGGACCCCCUUUCCCCCCUCUAGCCGCCUUAUGAAAUUAUCAACGCUACUCGACGGCGAAGGCAUAAUACGACUACGAUCGCGUAUAGCGGCCGCGGGUGAUAUCACUGAGCAACAACGGUCACCAGCCGUGCUUGAUGGAGACCACCCGUGGGUGCGACUGUAUAUCGCCUGGAUACACAAACAGACGCACCACGGAGGCUUCGGCAUCACCACCAGCGAGGUACGACAGCACUACUGGCUCCUACGACUACGCAACGCUGUGCGAAGCGAACUGAAACGUUGCCGAGUGUGCCGCAUCAUGAGAGCCACGCCUCCACAACCCUCUACUGGAAACCAUCCGCCCAGCCGCCUCCCUCACCAUCAACGCCCGUUCACAUACACCGGGCUGGAUUUCUUCGGUCCACUCCAAGGAACCAAUCUCCGCGGCGCGGACGCCGAGCUACAGAGGGCAGCACUAGAAGCUAUACAGGAAGACGCCAGUAUCCGGUUCAUCAAGUGGAGAUACAUACCGCCGAGCGCACCGUUCAUGGGAGGAGCAUGGGAGCGUCUGGUACGGAGCAUCAAAACAGCUCUGUACACCGUACUGCACGAACGCGCCCCGAAAGAAGAGGUCCUGCACACUCUAUUGGUCGAGGCAGAGCACACCCUCAACAGCCGCCCUCUCACCCAUGUAUCCACUGCUCCAGAAGACGAGAACCCCCUGACUCCGAACCACUUCCUACUGGGGGGUCCCUCACGAGUACCACUGCCUGGAGCCUUCACGGACACUGACAUCGAUGGGCGCAAAAUCUGGCGGACCAGCCAACGACUGGCCGACAUGUUCUGGUCACGCUGGAUAAAAGAAUACCUCCCUGAUCUCCAGCACAGACGAACUCCGAGAGCCACCAACGGCGCGCUACAACUGGGAGACUUGGUGUUCAUAGCCGACGGGACGCUACCACGCAACACCUGGCCCCGCGGCAUCAUUGUGGCUACAUACCCAGGCCCCGACGGAGAAAUAAGGGCGGUCGACGUGCGGACAAACAGAGGAAUUCUGCGCCGUCCUACAAAGAAGCUGGUAAUCAUUGCAACGGGAGGCAACGAGACAACGAAGCACGAACCCUAG